UCUGUCGCUCACAUGUACGUUUCAAACGUCUUACGUCUGAACGCUUGACAGUUGCGCUGCAGUACGCUUGACAGCGGAAUACGAACUAUUGUGUUUGUUUACAUUUAAUUUAACAGCUGCAAAAUGAACGAAAUAUUCCUCUGCACGGAGGAAAAACGACUAUUUCAGCCAGAUUUCUGUCGACUAUGCCUUAGCCAGAACGGUGAGCAAACGGGGGUGUUUUCCAGCUCGUCAGCAGCGACACUGUUUGAACGGAUAUUUCAGUGCACCGGCGUAAGGCUAGCCGAUUUUCCCGAUGCACCCACAACGGUGUGUGAUGGAUGCAUUUCCCAGCUUGUUAUUUGCGAGAAGUUUGUGAAGCUAUGUCGUGAGGUGGAUCAGAAGCUAUGGCAACGGAGACAGCACAGUGACAAGACUGAAGCGGCAGUGCAAGAGCAAGAUCCAGCGAACACGCUCUCGCAAUCGAAUGAUGAGCAAGCACCCGAAUCCAAGGUACAGCAGAUGCACGUGAAAUCGGUAGAAGCAUCGCCAAACCCUCCGUGCGAUGGAAAGAGCACGAACGAGGAGUUUUACGUGGUCGAACUCACGGACGCGCAUCACGAGUACGAGCUGGACCUACCCGGCAGCGAAAGUAUACCCGUCCCACCGGCCACUACUACCUCGAACGCCACAGAUAAUGUGAAGCACAGCCAUUUACCCGUGGAAAAGCAGCCCCACAGUAAGGGUAGAACCGGGAGCAAAAAAACACAAUGUACAGUGUGCGGUAGUUGGCAGCAAAAUUUAAAGCAGCACAUGCUUGUCCAUACCGGCGAAAAGCGGUACGUGUGCCCCGUUUGCCAGCGCGCUUUCGCCCAGAAGGGUAACCUGACGUACCACCUGAACCAGCACACGGGCCACCGUCCGUACCGGUGCGAACAGUGUGAUAAGGCGUUCAAAGAUCCACAGUCGUUACGAUCUCAUAAGCUUACUCACACGGAUGAGCGUAAGUUUAAGUGCGAAGUGUGCGAAGAUACGUUCAAGUACCGAAGCUCGCUGGUCGUCCACAUGCGGUACCACACGCAGAGCAAACCGUUUGCAUGCAGCGAGUGCGAAAGCUCGUUCGUUAACAGUUCCGGAUUAAAAAAGCACCUGCGAACGCACACCGGCGAAAGACCGUACCAAUGUGGCGAGUGUAAGAAAUCAUUCAAAUCUUCGCACAAUCUGCGCCUGCACAAGCUUUCCCACACCAAAGAGCGACGGUUUCAGUGCGAUCUGUGCGAACGCUGGUUUAGUUACAAGAAUGUGCUCCAGACGCACAUGCAAGUGCACCGGAAAGGGCAGGGCACGUGCACCGGAAGCACCAGACCCGGAACGAAAAAGAGCACCGAGGGAGAGAUAGAGAGCAAAAGUGAAGGAUAAUAAAAAUGAUUAAAAUUGAUAGCUA